UUUUAUACCUUUGUUAUUUUUGUAAAUAAUUGAGACACUGACUGACCCAUUUCAAUACUCAAGUUACAAGUAGAUUCACCGUAAUGGUAAAAAUAUAGUUAUUUUUAUAAGUCAAUUACUUUUAUUUUACUAUCUUAUAAUGGCCGAAAGAGAGAAAAUUCAUGCCAGAAACAUUUCUGGUCUACCUUUAAAUUUUCUUCCACCUACUCCACCUGGCUUAGAAUCUUUGUAUUUAGCAUGUAAAAGAAUUUAUCCUGAUCAACAGAAUCCUUUGCAAGUUGCUGCUCUGGUUAAAUAUUGGCUUGGUGGACCAGAUCCUCUGGACUACAUUAGUAUGUAUGCUAAUUCUGGAGAUGCUGACCUAGAUAUACCUCCACAUUGGCAUUACAUCAGUUUUGGCUUGUCUGACCUUCAUGGAGAUGGCAGAGUACAUGAAGUAACCAGUCCAGAGUCUCCUAGUGGUUUUGGCUUUGAGCUGACAUUCAGACUGCGACGUGAGGUUGGAGAGACAGCUCCACCUACUUGGCCUGCCACCCUUAUGCAGUCCCUCGCUAAAUAUGUAUUUCAAUCAGGCAAUACUCUAUGUGCUGGCGACCACGUGUCUUGGCACUGCGCACUAGACAGUAGUGAGUCUCGUAUCCAACACAUGUUGAUGGCAGCAGACCCCCAGUUGCCAGCCACCACGUCACCAUUCGGCCUCGUCAACUUCGUACAGGUAGUGGGCAUCUGUCGGGAGGAGCUGUUGGCGGCUCAGCGCUGGAAUGGACCUGGUGUGCUUGACAUCCUCCGCAGACUGCCAGGAGCUGGUGGGCCAUGGUUGGUUACAGACAUGAGGAGGGGGGAGACCAUGUUUGAACUGGAUGUCACAGCCCAGGAUGAAGUAGACAGAGGUAUAGAGGAAGACGGCUCUAACCUCAGUGGCGUGAGUGCCAGGUGCUCAUGGUCAGAGCUCAACCAUCUGUUCAGUCUAGGAACUGGUGAGGGUGGAACGUUAAAAGAAGGUCCAGCAACGCGACCCUUGACCCCUAGCCCGGACUCUGAGCAGAUCCAAGCAGCUUUACGCAAAGGCUCUCUCAACACACGACCUGUACUUCCUCCAAUCAAGGCACAUGCAGAGCGGUAUAAUGUACAAUGUAAAAUUGAACAUAGCCAAUACGAUGAGGAUUGCCUGAAUGAAGCUACAGAGCUUUUGAGAACAAGAAAAUUAGAAAGCCUGCAUCUUACGUUUAAUUUAGAGUCUGGAGUUUUGUUGCCUCUUGCGAUACGGGGGCGUGUGAGGCACGGUAGACACUUCACAUUCAAGUCGGUACUGGGAGAUACAGCUAUCACUCUAGUGGCAGCUUCUGUGACAGGCACAUUUGUAGAUGCAGACAAGCCGUACGCUGCACACGGGCCAUGGCUACAAGUUCUUAUACCUGAAGAUUUCAUUGAGCCAAUGGCCAACACUCUUGAACCCCUCAACAAUCCUGAUCAGUUGGAGAUUCCAAAAACAUUUGUUUGGUCAGACAGGAAGCUAGCAAUCACGAUUCUCUCAGACAGUCGGAUCUAGCCAGCAACACGAUGCCUGUGUCUACAAAUGGCCUUAUUUAUAUAUAUAAUAUAUAUUUUUAUAGUUGUUAAAUCUGAUGUGUUUUGUCUAACACAUUAACUCGCACAUGCUCAGUAUUAUUUAGUAAUUCUAUAAAGAUAAAUUUGUUCUCAAUUUAAGAUAUAUUAUAGUGUAUAAGGAAAUA